UCUGUUCCUUUGAACAGUUGGAGUGGUGUAGGAUGAAUCUUCAUGCUUUCGUUCUUCUUGGUCUGACUGGGCUCUGUGCUACAGACUUCACACCACCAGUGGUCAAUAUUAGUUUGGAUGUGUCGCCAGAAGAGAGAUGGUUACCAUUAACUUACAUCUUUGAUAUUAACUAUUUAAGGGAGACUGCUGCAAAAAUAAUUGACACCACUGUACCAAAAUGGGUACAUCAUGCCAUCACUCCCAUCGUUGAAGGCCUGGAGAAGUACAUACCACAGCCGUAUGUUAAGGAGAUCCAAGGGAUGGCCUCUUUCUAUGGAGCUGGGAUUGCUGAUAUUGUCCUCCUUAACUUUGCCUAUGAAAUAACAGCGUUCUGUACCAGUGUUGUGGCACAGGACACAAAAGGACAUCUCUACCAUGGCAGAAACCUUGAUUACCCACAUGUGGAUAUUCUGAGAAAUCUCACUAUUGAUAUUCUUUUUAUCAAAUAUGGAGAGGUGGCUUUCAGAGGAACUUCUUUUGCUGGUUAUAUUGGUCUGUGGACUGGACAGAAAGCAAAAAAGUUCACUAUUUCUGGAAAUGAACGCUCUCAGGGGCAUUGGUGGGAAAAUGUGAUUUCAGCCUUCCUGUUGAAGAGUUCUCCAGUAAGCUGGCUUGUGAGGGAGACUCUGGAAGAAGCAGAAGACUUUCAGGAUGCUGUGAUUCGUCUGUCAAAAGUGCCCAUUAUCACUGAUGUCUACUACAUUGUGGCUGGAGUUUGGCCUGCUGAAGGUGUAGUUGUGACCAGGAACAGGAGGGGUCCUGCUGAUAUCUGGUCCCUAGACACCUUGCAUGGAAAGUGGUACAGAGUGGAGACAAACUAUGACCACUGGAUACCACCUCCACAUGGGGAUGACCGCAGAACACCAACCAUGACAGCUUUGAAUGCCACUGGUCAAGAAAAUAUUGAUUUGGAUACAAUGUAUCAGGUUAUGUCAGGCACUCCCACAUGCAAUGGGAUUACAGUUUAUACAACAGUAAUGAGUGCUGUCACACCAGAGAAGUACAAGACAGUUGUCAGAGAGAAAUGCCAUCACAAAUGAACAGUUUGGCGAAGUGAAGCGUUUUACAGCCCAACCAUAAUAUCACCUGGGGAUUCUAG